CCAAUCUGAUCUCACUGGACAGCAGCACAAACACUCUGUACAAGAGAACACCGUGAACCAAUCUGAUCUCACUGGACAGCAGGAGACACAGCGACCGUUCAAACCUCCAGAUUUAACUCAGAAAUUUAAAUCUGACCUCCGCUUGUUCACCAAAUCCUAUGAAGACAGAAGAGAUGGAGAGAACAUCAAGUUCAUUGCAGCAGUUAUACCAGAUAUCAGUGCUCCUGGAUCCUCCAUUCGUCUGUAUCAACAAGGCAGUCUCAUCACCACCAACUUCCUGCUGGGAUUAAAACCUGAUCCAGUCCAGGUAGCAGAGAUAAAACAGAGCUGUGUCCUCCUGAAGUUUCCACAGUCAACCAUCAGAAGACCUGAGAGAUACAGAGUAGAGUACAGAGUCAUGACUACUGGUCUUAUCAAGGUUAGCAAACGGCCAUGGAAUGAGGUAGUGACCCUGGCUCCUGCAGAAACCUGUGUAGUGCCUGGUUUGAAACCGUUCACACUGUACCAGAUCAGGUACUCUGUUAUAGAACACUCUGGUAUGAGUGACUUCAGCAAGGUCAUUGAGGUCAAGACCCUGAGAUCCCCACCUGAACAUCUGUAUGUGAGCCGGCUGCUGAACAAAACAAAGGAAACCAUCAAAGUGACUUGGCUCCAGCCUGAGUGUAAUGAUGGUGCCUCUGUACUCCACUACAAAGUGGACUAUAAGGAGGCAGGACUGGAGGGCUGGUCUACCAUGGUAACAGAGGGACCUGAAUGUAAAUGCAUCAUAUCUCUGAACCUCAGUACCUGCUACAGAGUCAGAGUGUCAGCUGUCUAUGGAGAAGGAGACACCAGUGAAACCAGCAGAGAGACAGAUGUCCCAGUCAAUGUCUGGUACAUAGACCUCUCAGAGAGAAAGGCCUCCCUCCUCCUAGAAGUGCUGAAACUCCAACCAGAGAAGAAACCAGUAGAGCUGAAGGGCUGGUCAGAUGAAGAGAGUGAAGUGAGGAGUUUCCUUCAGUGUCUGUCCUACAUCUCACAGCUGAGAUUCUAUCCAGACUGGUCUGAUCCCUCAAAGCAGAUCAAGUUCCUGGUGGAUCUCCUGUCUCAAGCAGCAGAGUGGGAGGAGCAGACAGGAGAGAAGACACUGAAGCUGGUAUCAUCAGUGUGUACUUACAACACUUUCCCCUUCUGUGACUCGUAUUAUGAUGAUGAUGAGAUCAAGGAAUAUCAAUGUGAUUUCCUGCUGGAUCUGUACUCACAUGUGAAGGACUAUCAGACUCAAAAAGGCAGGAGUGUCCUUCCAGCAUUACAGCCAGUUUACCAGUCAGCCAGUCCUGCAGUCUGGUCCAUAGACCUCUCAGAGAGAAAGGCCUCCCUCCUCCUAGAAGUGCUGAAACUCCAACCAGAGAAGAAACCAGUAGAGCUGAAGGGCUGGUCAGAUGUAGAGAGUGAAGUGAGGAGUUUCCUUCAGUGUCUGUCCUACAUCUCACAGCUGAGCUGUGAUGAUGACAGGUUCUUCCAGACUGUGUGUGAAUCCAUCCCUGUGAGGUCCAGAGAGGAGGACCAGCAGUUGGCCUCUCUCCUCCAGGCCUUGGGCUCCACCCUGUCACUGGGAGGAGAGUUACCCAGGAAAACCUGCAGGUCUGUGGGGAGAGUCCUGGGUCUCUGUGCCUCCAGAGUGGACCUCACUCUCACCCCCAGCAAGAUCUCUCUCCAAGGAGCCUUACUUCUUUUGAGACAUGAGUCAAAGCUGCACAAGCUCAGGCUGAAUGUGGGUAUGGCAGUGAAACUGUCCAGACUGGUUAUGAGGACAGAGAGAGGUGCUCCUCCACUGACUGUCCCAGAACUCUCCCUGGUCCUAAAGAGCAGCCAGCCACCAGAGAGAGUGUUAUCCAGGGCUCUGAGUAGUGUGGCGUCCCUGCUGAGACUCUGGAGGGUUCAGUGUCUGGACCUGACUGACUUCUGGAUCCAGGGUCACUCUCUCAUCACACUGCUGUGUCACCAGGGACCUCUCUCUCUCAGACUGAACUCAGACACUCUGCAGCAGCUGACUGUAGUUGUGUAUGAAGCUCAGGACAAGGACUUGACUCAGUGGUUCCUGGAGAAGGUUGGUGGAGACCUGACCUCCUGCAGGCUGGACUGGGAAGUGCUUCUCUCUCUGCUGCAGCAUUCAACCCACAACAUCACUGUGGACCUCAGGAAGAACCGGCUUCUAGAGAAGAACAUCUCAGAUCUUCUCCCCUUUCUGGGAAGAGUUACUCUCAAGAGGUCCAGUUCCAGCUUUGUAAAGUCCUCCAUCACACAGAUCUAUGACAGUAGAGCCAGUGACUGUGUGUCCAGUUUGUUGAGGUCUUCAGACCAUUGGAUCAACCUGAACAGCAGAGAGCUGGACAGAGUGGACUGUACUGCUCUGUGUUUUACCCUGCAGCACAGCCUCCAAGUCAAAGUCAACCUGCUGUGGACCUCCAUACCACCGGGGGAGAUAGAGAGCAUCCUGCCUCUUCUGGACAGAGUCUCCCAACUCAGUGUUGACAGGAAGUUACUGCUGAGUUUCCUCCAGUGCUGUGCUGCCUCUCAGAUCCAGCAGGGGGCACCAUCACCACCACAAACAGCAGUAUGGCUGCUCAGGUCUCUGCACUACAGGCUGGACUUCUCCUACUCCUCCUCUGUGGACCUGUCAGCUCAGGACCAGGAGAAGGCUCUGUGUCUGACCACUGACCACUGCAGGGACAUCAGCUCUGUUCUGAAGCAGAACCAACACAGCACCCAGCUGGUCCAGAACCAGGUCCAGCUCAUCCUAAGAGACUGUGAGGUGGAGGACAGAGCACUGAGGGAGCUGCUUCCCAUCCUGCAUAUUGUCAAGCUGAGCCCCAGCAAAGCUCUGCUACUUCAGCUGCUGGACCUUGUGUGUGAGGGGAUUGAAGAGGGGCUGCUGAGGCACACAGAGUCCCUGUGCAGAGCCCUGGAUGGGGAGCUGGACCUCAGUGAGACCAGGCUGGACCAGAAGGCCUGUGGAUCUCUGGCCCUGGUUCUGGAACACUCAGAGGGUCUGUCAGAACUGGACCUCAGCCACUGUCAACUCACAGACCACCACCUACAGCCCCUGAUCACACACCUGCAUAAAGUACAAGUCCUGGACCUGAGUCACAAUGACAUCACUGAUGCUCUGACUGACAGAAUACUCCAACUGGUCUCUACCAACACUUCAAUACACACCGUACGACUCUUCAACAACAGAAUCAUGAACAGCACCGCUUUCCUGACAGACAAGAGGUUUGAGAUCUGAUUAAACAUCAGGUCUUGGUCCAGGAAGAGGAAGAGAUGGCUGUUAGGUCUUAGUCCAGGAAGAGGAAGAGAUGGCUGUUAGGUCUUGGUCCAGGAAGAGGAAGAGAUGGCUGUUAGGUCUUAGUCCAGGAAGAGGAAGACAUGGCUGUUAGGUCUUAGUCCAGGAAGAGGAAGACAUGGCUGUUAGGUCUUAGUCCAGUUAGAGGAAGACAUGGCUGUUAGGUCUUAGUCCAGGAAGAGG